AUGCUGAUAGCUUCAAUUCAAGACAUCACAUUCGAAGAUGCAGACAAUCAGGAGACUCGUAGUGCUAAAGAAGCACUUUUGUUGUGGUGUCAAAUGAAAACCGCAGGUUAUCCAAAUGUGAAUGUGCGUAAUUUCACAACAUCAUGGCGUGAUGGCUUAGCAUUCAAUGCACUUAUCCAUAAGCAUAGACCUGACCUUAUCGAAUAUGAUAAGUUACAAAAAUCAAACGCUUUGUUCAAUCUCGGAAAUGCGUUUGAUACGGCCGAACAACAACUUGGCCUCAUGAAAUUCCUCGAUCCAGAAGGUUUGUUCUCAUACAUUCUUUGA